AUGCAUUCGGUUGAUAUGAAAAACGCCACUACGCUUCCGGAUCGGAGAUGUACUUCUGGACACCACGAGGUUUUCAGUGGGACAGAGCAUGCGAGAGCCGAGAAAACUUUACUGAAGUUCGUCUCAACACCAGAAGCACAUGAAAUCUUCAAGCUGCCGCGGCGAUGGCUCCAGAGAAGGCUCCCUCAUCGACGGCCGAGGGCGGCCCUCUUCGCAGGACUGUGCUUGACCUGGCUUAUAGCAUUCACAAUCUUCUCAGACGCCAGUAUCAUGCCGACCAAAGUCGAUGGCACGUAUCAGUCGGUGCAGCAGCUGAGCUGCACCGAUUCCUUCUGGGCCACCGACGGGGGAUGUGGCAUCGACGGCGAAAAGUGCGCCGGCAGCUCGGCAGGCUCCAUGGCCUUCCACUGUCCGCCGGAUUGCGGCAGCACAAGGCUGCAGGCGCCGUAUCUCGUGGGUCCGCAGGAGAUCGUGGACCGGCCGCUCGUCAUCGGGGGCCCCAUCUACCGCGCCGACUCCUGGAUCUGUCCGUCGGCUGUGCACGCGGGCAUCCUCGACGACGCCAGGGGCGGGUGCGGCGUCGUGACCCGGAUGGGCCAGACGAACUCGUAUCCUGGGUCGAACGGCAACGGCAUCGCCUCGAUAGCCGUCAAGACUUACUUCCCCCGCUCGUUCAAAUUUCAGCUUGAUUCUGAGUUUGAGUGUCGGGUGGUGGACCAGAGUUGGGUGCUCCCGUAUAUUUCGGCCACUUUUACAGGCCUUGUGGUCUUGUUCACGACUUCAGCCGAGGUUGUUUACUUCACGUCCUUCGGAGUUGGCUUCAUGUAUGUCACAUCUACCAUAAAUCCCGCGGCUAGAGUUGGCUCCUUGAACGACGACGACGACGGGUCCAUGGUCUCGAAAGUGGCCAAGCUUAUGCUUGCCUUCGGCUGCGCUAUCCUGGCUUUCAGAUACUCUGCUAGACAUGUCCUCAGGUCCAAUGCCCCAAGCGCGCAACCCCUCCUUUGGCUUGGGAGCUUCUGGGUCACCCUUUGUUUCAAGGCAAUUAUCGAAGGUCAUGACAGGCUGACCGCCGCCGUUCUCUUUUUGAUCGCCUUUCAACAGAUAUACCAUCUCUCCGCCGAGCGCAGGUUAUAUGAGCCUCUUUCGCUGUGUAUCACAUCUCUCUCAUUGGUCGCCGCCAUCGUCUCCGUGGCUUUUCCCAGGCUGCAGGCUACCGCGCAGAUAUCUAUGCCAGUCUUCCUUCUCGUCCUCUUUCGCCGCCAUGUAGUUCAAGCUAGACUCCUAAAUCUCUCACACGGACUACUCAUCGGCCUUUGUGUCUAUAACCUAUCACAUCUUGAUAUUUCUACCGUAUUAGCAAAUUUCAUUCUUCCAGCGGCUACGACGGCGCAAUCCGCGUAUACUCGUUCCUCUUCCCUGGAUACUCCUCGAAUUCUUGACCCGGUGAUUCACAUAAACUAUGGGUCAUCAAAUAUCAGCUUCGCCUGGAAGACCCCAGCCCCGGCCGGAGUCGAUGGAAUCAGUAUGCUGGUCAAUGACGUCGAGCGGGUGCGGCGAUAUUUUGAACCCCAGAACGAGAAGAAGGGGGAUAUUGCAGACGGGCUGGAAUGGGUCCGUACACCGCAAGCCGUGCCUGAUUACAUCAGAUUCAGCUGGGUUCAAGGCGAUAGACUGGUAGGAUGGGGUGACGUGGGGGUAUGGGAAACGAAGGGAAGCUGGAGUGGCAUUGGGAAUAUUUAG